UCCUCUCUACUUCACUUAAACCAAAAAAAAAAAAGAGAAACAAUUUUUUCAAAAUGGAUCCUAUACUAGUUUAUUCUGGAAUAAUAGCUGCAAUUACUGUAUAUUUUCUUUGGUUUUAUCUCCUAGCACAAAGGUUAAGUGGUCCAAAAGUGUGGCCAUUAGUUGGUAGCCUCCCUUAUACUUUCUUGAAUAGAAGGAGAUUUCAUGACUGGAUUUCUCAAAAUCUAAGGUCUACUGGUGUAUCUGCAACAUAUCAAACGUGUACUAUUUGCAUACCAUUUCUAGCUUGGAAACAAGGGUUUUAUACCGUCACAUGUCACCCGAAAAACAUCGAGCAUAUUCUUCGAACCAGGUUCGAUAACUACCCUAAAGGUCCAACUUGGCAAAAUGCAUUCGAUGACCUAUUGGGUCAAGGCAUAUUCAACAGUGAUGGUGACACGUGGCUCAUGCAAAGAAAAACCGCUGCUCUUGAGUUCACAACCCGGACACUACGACAAGCAAUGAACCGGUGGGUAAACCGGACCAUCAGAACUCGUUUGUGGGUAAUUUUGGAUAAAGCCGCAAAGGAAAAAAACCCGGUCGAGUUGCAAGAUUUAUUGCUCCGUUUAACUUUUGAUAAUAUUUGUGGACUUACUUUUGGUAAAGACCCUGAAACCCUUUCACCAAAAAUGCCUGAAAAUCCAUUUGCUAUAGCUUUUGAUUCAGCCACUGAAGCCACCAUGCAAAGACUAUUAUACCCUUACUUUCUUUGGAGGUUGAAAAAAUUUCUAGGCAUUGGAGCUGAAAAAAGGUUACAAAAGAGCCUCAAAGUUGUCGAAAAUUACAUCUCCGAAGCUUUGGAUUCGCGUAAGGAAAGUCCAUCAGAUGAUUUAUUGUCACGUUUCAUGAAGAAAAAGGACAUAAACGGUAAUUCAUUUCCAAGUGAUGUACUUAAACGCAUCGCUUUGAACUUUGUCCUAGCUGGACGUGACACAUCAUCUGUCGCUAUGAGCUGGUUCUUUUGGAACGUAAUGAACGACAGCCACGUGGAAAAUAAGAUAGUUGAAGAAAUAUCGAACGUUUUAAAGGAAAGCCGCGGCGAAGAUCAUGAAAAAUGGACUGAAGAGCCGCUGAAUUUUGAUGAAGCUGAUAAAUUGAUUUAUCUCAAAGCGGCUUUAGCCGAAACUUUACGUUUAUACCCUUCAGUCCCUGAAGAUUUCAAAUAUGUCGUUUCUGAUGAUGUUUUGCCAGAUGGCACGUGGGUCCCAGCCGGUUCAACAGUAACUUAUUCAAUUUACUCGGUCGGGAGAAUGAAAACGGUUUGGGGUGAGGAUUGCAUGGAGUUUAAACCGGAGAGAUGGCUCUCGACCGGUGGAGACCGGUUCGAACCGCCAAAAGAUGGGUAUAAAUUUGUUGCAUUUAAUGGUGGACCGAGAACUUGUUUAGGCAAAGAUUUGGCCUACCUCCAAAUGAAAUCUGUGGCUGCUGCUAUUUUGCUUCGUUACCGGCUAUUACCGGUUCCCGGUCAUAAAGUUGAACAGAAAAUGUCGUUGACUUUGUUCAUGAAAAAUGGACUUAAAGUUUACUUGAAUCCACGUGAACUCGAUCUUGCAACUCCAAAGAUUGCUAUGUCUGCAUGAAGAAAGGGCAAAAUGGGAAUUAAAAUGGUAUAAUGGAAUUAUUGAUAAUUGUAAUUGUAUUUGCUUUGUUGUAAUUUUCAAUGUG